AUGAACAUUCAGGAACCAUUUUCAACGGCGACUCUCUCACAGGAGAAGCUUUUACAUAUUUGGGGUAGUCGAAAUAUGAACAAAUUUGCACAGAAAAAGGCACAACCAGAUGGUCUUCAGCAGGACUUAAAAGCUAGUAAACUACAAACAACAGUAGGCACAAAACCUAAAGUGGCAACUCCGGCUGUUGUAGCUAAAAUCGAACAGUAUAAGCGUGAUAAUCCAACAAUUUUUGCUUGGGAAAUUCGAGAACGUUUGGUGAAUGAAGGAGUAUGCGAACAACCACCAAGCGUUAGUUCUAUCAAUCGGAUACUUCGAACAAGGGCAGCAGAACGUGCUGCAGAAGAAUUAUCAUUUCUUCUUUCCGCUCAACAACGGAUGGCAGCAACAUUGCUGCGAAGUGUCCAGUAUCCUAUACUGCCACCACACUUCGGGACACAGACUGGUCGUCUCGCACAAACGUCGCUGGGAUUUCUUCAAAGUCAAUGGCCAAAUGUAUUUUUGGAUCAUACAUCGUUGUUAGCUUCGGCUAGCACUCAGUCAACACCGAUUCAGCCGGCUCGUCAAAAUAGUACACCUCCAGCUAUGUUGUUACCAAUAAAUUCAUCAAAAUCAACAACCGAUUUACAGUCUUCACAGUAUUUGUUAGCAGAUGAUGAGCUGUUAUCUACGCCACCGUCUAGUGCUAAUUCAAAACGAAAUUCACGAAGCAGUUUUACUAUUGGUAUAAUUUCUCUAUACUAG